ACAAUUUUGAGCCAUCCCCAGAUCUACCUCGAAACGGAGAGAUAUCCCCGACUGGCUUGUGUUUCCGAAUCGAGUAGAGCUUGGAUUGAGGGCUGUCUGAAGGAGCGCGAUUGGUUACUUUGACGUCAACCCAAUAUUAUCAACUUCAGUGUGUCAAACAGGUACCAGGUCUGGUGCCUAUACUGGAGUAGAGCACCAAACAAAUCAGAUCAGAUAACUUGGCACACCUCUGCCGUACCUAGGUAUAAUAUACAUUCUCUUCGUAUCACAUGAGCUACCACCCAGCAUGCCUCCCACCCUGGAAAUAGCCACCUUCAACGCCGCCUCUAGCAUCGUUGCUCUCCACCACGGCGCCUCCCGCAUCGAACUCUGCGCCAACCAAUCCCUCGGUGGUACCACACCCUCCCUCGAAACCCUCACCACUCUUACCACGCAUAUCAAAAAUACUAUCACCUCCAAUGCCGCCACUAUCCCCAUCAACGUAAUGAUCCGCCCCCGUGGCGGUAACUUCAUCUACACCCCAGCAGAAAUCACCCAGAUGAAAAACGACAUCUCAACAUUCAGCGUCGAGGGAGUCGAUAUCAAUGGCUUCGUCUUUGGAGUCUUGACUCCCGACGGGAAAAUCGAUGAGGUAGUCUGUAAACAGCUACUCGACCACAUCCACUCCCAAACUUCCCAUCCAACCCAAUCUCAGCGCCGAAAACACACCACAUUUCACCGCGCAUUCGACCUCAUCCCAGCCACAGAAAUGGCCUCCGCACUCGAGACUCUCAUCUCACUCGGCUUUACAUCCGUUCUGACCAGCGGGGGAGCAGCAAACGCUUUCGAAGGGCGAGAUGUACUUGCGCGCUUAGUGAGUCAGGCAGCGGGCAGGAUAGAAGUGAUUGUAGGUGGGGGAGUGAGGUCGGGGAAUUUAAAGGUGCUUGUGAAAGAGACAGAAGCCCUGGUGUAUCAUUCGAGUGCAAUUGUUGGGCAGGAUGGAGAAGGAGAUGUCGCGAGUGGGGAGGAGGUUGAGAGGUUGAGUGCGAUAUUGAAGUCUUGACAUGGAGACAGGCAUCUAUCUACCUAUGUAUACGUCUAAUCGUCUUCGUGUCGCAGCAUUUCCGACGACAAAAUGGUCCUGCGAUAUGUCCAACGGAAGUUAUUGGUUUAAAUAGAGUGUAUUCCGUCUCGUGGAACCUCGUGGUUUGAAUUCCAGCUGAGCCACCAGCCGAUACCUUAUCUAAGGUAGCUGCUAGUCACUAGUUGCCAGUUCCCGCACAAUCAAAUAUAUUUUCCUCGCAACAUCAUUUUGUUACUUCCAUACCUUUCAGC